AUGUUUGCGCUUCGGAGAAAGGCAGUUCAGACUGCUGGGCGUCGUCCUGCAGCUACCUCGACAGUUUCGCGUCUAUACUCAACUGGCCAACACGGGAAGACGGGGGAUGAAGUUCACCACUUUGCGGGAAGCAGCCAGGAGCAUGGCGAACAUCACGCCGGUCCAGAGAACGAGUCGCUAGGAACCGGUUUCUUCGUCGUCCUCGCCGCGAUCCCACUCAGUAUAGGACUAUACAGUGUUUCCAGACCUGAUAAAGAUGGAAAGCCGGCGGGCUUGUCAAGGUUCAUCGACAGCUUCUCACAUUACAAGGAGAAAUGGGCGACGCAAAAUACGCUGCACGUACAAGCUAUUGAGCAGGCGGCUUACAACAGAAACGUGGACCAGAACGCAACACCAAGCAUGCAUAUCGACUUGAGGUUCCCAGAAAUAUUCAACACUGGAUCGCCAUAUAAUGUUAUUGCUGGACAAGGACCGAGAAACAUGGAUGCGCUGGUGGCUCAUUAUCAAAAGCAAAACACGGAUGAGGACGAAAGGAGAGCGAAAGCUUUGGCGGCAAAGCAGAACAAUACCCGUACAUAA